AUGUAUUAUGUAUUAUUAUUAUUAUUAUUAUUAUUAUUAUUAUUAUUAUUAUUAUUAUUAUUAUUAUUAUUAUUAUUAUUAUUAUUAUUAUUAUUAUUAUUAUUAUUAUUAUUAUUAUUAUUAUUAUUAUUAUUAUUAUUAUUAUUAUUAUUAUUAUUAUUAUUAUUAUUAUUAUUAUUAUUAUUAUUAUUAUUAUUAUUAUUAUUAUUAUUAUUAUUAUUAUUAUUAUUAUUAUUAUUAUUAUUAUUAUUAUUAUUAUUAUUAUUAUUAUUAUUAUUAUUAUUAUUAUUAUUAUUAUUAUUAUUAUUAUUAUUAUUAUUAUUAUUAUUAUUAUUAUUAUUAUUAUUAUUAUUAUUAUUAUUAUUAUUAUUAUUAUUAUUAUUAUUAUUAUUAUUAUUAUUAUUAUUAUUAUUAUUAUUAUUAUUAUUAUUAUUAUUAUUAUUAUUAUUAUUAUUAUUAUUAUUAUUAUUAUUAUUAUUAUUAUUAUUAUUAUUAUUAUUAUUAUUAUUAUUAUUAUUAUUAUUAUUAUUAUUAUUAUUAUUAUUAUUAUUAUUAUUAUUAUUAUUAUUAUUAUUAUUAUUAUUAUUAUUAUUAUUAUUAUUAUUAUUAUUAUUAUUAUUAUUAUUAUUAUUAUUAUUAUUAUUAUUCUUUUACCAAACUCUCAAAACAGCCGUAAUGAAAGUGAAUAGCUAA